CAUAGAAAGAGAGAGCGAGGACUAACAUUGAAACAAGCGGCAUACACUGGAGUAUCACGCUUUACGGACACAUUCUGGAUUACUGUUUAAUCGAGUUUCAACCAAGACAGCCUCACUGGGUUUUAUCAUUUGGAGAUCUUUGCUUAAAGCGUGUGGAUUAUACCUAAAUUUGAGAGCAACAUGACUCUGGAAGAACUGGUUGGAAGUAACAUCACUGACAAUAAGAUGGAGACAGUGAAUCACGCGCUGGAGGAGCUGCUGGUAUCGGCGCAGAGACAAGACUGCCUGACUGUCGGCGUGUACGAGUCAGCUAAACUAAUGAAUGUUGACCCAGACAGCGUUGUGCUGUGUGUUCUGGCCACCGAUGAGGAAGAUGAGGAUGAUAUCGCGUUGCAGAUCCAUUUCACGCUCAUCCAGGCGUUCUGCUGCGACAACGACAUCAACAUUCUGCGUGUGUACGGUCUCCGGCGCCUCGCGCAGGUCCUCGGUGAGCCGAGCACAGUGGACAACGGCGGUAGUGAGCCAAAGGACUACCACUGCAUUCUUGUCACUAAUCCCCAGUGCCAACCACUCAAAUGCCAGGCACUCAGCGAAGUGAGCAACUACUGCGAAGAGAGCCGCUGCAAGAACCAAUGGGUCCCCUAUUUGUCCCUGCAGGAGGGCUGAGCACUCACACACACGUGCAACGCAACCUAUGAGCGUGGUGGGAAAAAUUGAACCGUCAUUCUAGAGGAAUGAAAGAUGCGGUGGCUGGAAGAGCUUUGACUGCCGCCCAGCCCGGCGCGGACCGCUGUGUCAUGCGAAACGGGUUGAGAGUGGAGCAGAGGAAAGUUCCAGCUACCGGGGCGUAUUGCGCAUGCAACCCGGCUUGGCCUCCCCCGCGUGGAGGACGGCUCUAGACGGCGGGGGCAGCGUCGAGCAUGAGGACUGUGUAGCUGCCAGUGCAAACCGCGUCCGUGGCAGAACCUGAAUGCGGCUGCGUAGGAGAGCUCUUCCGGUACUGUGACAGUUGUUGCGGCGGGGAGGAACGGAGAAACGGAUACAUGUCAUCAUCGAGUCUUACACGCUUUGGUCAUAUGGGACUCAUUUUGCUUUACAACUGCAAGACUCGAAAGUCUUAAAAGCCGAAUAUUUUCUCUCUUUUUUUCGCUGAUUUGUUGGACAGUAGUAUUAAGUCUAAAGUGGACUGAACAUAACAGAGGGGUCUACCGUUACCCCAGGAGGACUGUCCCGAGGACAGCGGACGUUUUUUGUUUUUUGCUUGUUUUUUGAGCCUGUGAGGAAUGUGAGAAAUGCAGUGUUAGCAGUAACUUAUUUUCCUUAACUUAUUUAGCAGAGUAAUAUAUGGAUUUGAAAAUUCCUCAGCCAAUGUUGUCUU